GAGUGAAAAGCAGAGAGAGUCAGCAAAGAGGACAGAGAGAGCAGCAGUGAAAGAGGCCGACUGACAGACUGAGAGAAAAGAGAGAGAGAGAGAGAGAGAGAGAGAGAGAGAGAGAGAGAGAGAGAGAGAGAGAGAGAGAGAGUGAGUCACCAAAUAGCUUGCGCUCUCACUGUCGGUUUUAUUCCAACCACGGACAGCUGCCGUGAUCGAGCCAGAGAGGAAAGAGAAAAAGAGAGAGAGAUUUCACAGAAAGAGAAGAGAAGAAAGAGAGUUAAGGAGACAGUGUGUGUGUGUGUGUGAGAGAGAGAGAGAGAGAGAGAGAGAGAGAGAGAGAGAGAGAGAGAGAUGGAUUCAGAUUCGGGUGAGCUGAGUGAAGGAGAACUUUCUCCAGGGCCCGAGAUCUUCAACUCGAAGAACCUGGCCCUGCAGGCUCAAAAGAAGAUCCUAAGCAAGAUGGCAACGAUGGCAGUGGCCAACCUGCUGACGGACGACACAAGCAGCUCCAUCCUGGACGAGCUGUACAAGGCAAGCCGAGAGUUCACCAAGAGCAAGAAGGAGGCACACCGCAUCAUCCGCGACGUCAUCAAGAUUGCACUGAAGCUCGGCGUGCUCUACCGUAACCGCCGCUUCAGCACCGACGAGCUCGAGGCGGUCGAGCGCUUCCGCAAGAAGCUGAACCAGGCAGCCAUGACAGCCGUGAGCUUCCACGAGGUGGAGUUCACCUUCGACUGUGGCAUCCUGUCUCAGCUGCUCCUCGAAUGCAGGGAUCUACUCCACGAGAUUGUGGAGAACCACCUGACAUCACGAUCACACGCACGCAUCGACCGGGUCUUCAACCACUUCUCCGACGUCCACUUCCUGGCCGAGCUAUACGGAUCUGGAGACGAGUACAGACUCUACCUGAGCAAAAUCUGUGACGGGAUAAACAAACUUCUGGAUGAUGGGAUACUUUAGUGACCUCCUGACUUUUUCCUUUUUUCUCCUCUUUCUCCUGCUCUCCUGUUUCUACCAGACUGCCAGUCAAUCUUCUCCAUUUUUCUGUUCUAUCUAAUUCUUCAUCUCGACUCCACUCCAUGACUAUGAUUCAGACAGGCUCCGCCCUCACACCUAACAGAUGUUCUUCUAUUGGCAAAAAUCACCACAUGGUCACUGAUACACACGGGUCAUGGCACCAGGGGACUGAGUUCCAGUACCAUUCUGAAAUAAUGAAGCCGUGUGGAUUGUGUUCACUUCGAUCUUUAAAUGUCAGGAGAAACAUUUUGGUAGCUUAGAGUUCUGAAUGAUGGAAUGACCUGAAAGUUGAUUCAGUUACUAAAACAGUUUGGCCUCCAAUGUUUAUAUUUCCACCUUUUAUUUAUUAAAGAAUGUCCAUGAAACAAGUUCCAGGUCUCACUUACGAUCUAGUAUAAAGAGUGGUUCCCUCACCAGCGUCUCUUUAUUCUCUCUCUUCAAUGUAAUCAGAUAAAAAUACGCUGUUCUUUACACGUGCUAUCAUAAAAAACGGCAAAGAAGUGUAAAGAAAGCAGGAAAACUUGAAGUUUCAGCUUUACCUCUGAUUGUUACACAGCUCUGACACUGGAGACUCCUUCCGCACGUUAAAGCUCAUACACGUCCACGUGAAUGAGCUGUUACUAUAGAAACCAUAAGGUGUCAUUGUAAGUGUGUUAAUAUAAACCUGAGCUGCUGUUCUAGAAAAUGACUCCACACCUUCUGACCAAUCAGAGUGCAGAACUCAGAGCUGUUAUUAAGGUAAAAGUGUGACAGUAGAGUCUGCUAUUGUAGAAUUAUGGGAUGUUAGAAAGCAGUCAAUAUCCAUGUUAUUACCACAUUAACUCCAUGCCUUAAUACUCAUCCUCUUCCCUCAUUUCCUUUGAUGUUUUAGUUCAUCCCAUCCCAUCCCAUCUCAUCCAUUCUUCUUCUCUUCCUUCACUUCUGCUUGGAUUUUUCACUUCCUGCACCUGAGCGACAGCAUGAACAAUCGCCUUGACGAUGGUGUGCUUCAGCCACUUUCUGCUCUCCUCUCUCAUCUCUCCUUCCUUUCAGUCUCUCUGCUACAGUUCUAAACUUUAUCACUUAUAUAAUUUUGUUUCCUGUAUGAUUUCAGACUGGUGUUUCAGCUGGUGUUCACCUCUCAUCCUCUCUGUCUCCCUGUCGUGGAAAAACAUGCUGUUGUUUCUUUAUUCCUCUGACUGCAGAGGAAAGACAGUACAGUCAAAAUGCUAUGAUGUUGUUUGUAUCCAAACCUCUGUGUGUGUGUGUGUGUGUGUGUGUGUGUGUGUGUGUGUGUGUGCGCGUG